AUGAUCGACACCUCCAUCAUCACCCCAAAAGCCUCGGUCAGCCUGGCAGUAGAACUAGUUCUCACAGUGCGGUGGAAGGCCUUCUCCGCCUGCACCUCUCACCUCAUCAUGGUCUUCAUCUCCUACGGUAGCUGCAUCUUCAUGUAUGUCAAGCCCACACAUAGCAGCCAGCCAGAUCUCAGAGAGGCAGUGGCUGGUCCCAACACUGUGGUGUCCCCUCUGCUCAAGCUCUUCAUUUCCAGCAUGAGGAACAAACAUUAUAUUCCACACCAAGAAGUGGUAAAAAUAAGCAACGAGAGCAGAGUGACCGAGUUUAUCCUAAUGGGAUUUCCCCUCAGCCGCCAGAUGGAAAUCUUCCUCUUCGUCCUCUUCCUCAUGUUCUACCUGGUCACCCUCUCAGGCAACCUAGUCAUCAUCACCAUCACCUUGGCCGAUUACCGGCUCCGGACCCCCAUGUAUUUCUUCCUGUGGAACUUCUCCUUCAUGGAGAUCUGGUUCACUUCAGUCACGGUGCCCAAGCUCCUCUCCAGUUUGCUCUUUGGGAGCAGGUUCAUCUCCUUCACCAGCUGCAUGGUACAAAGCUUCUUCUACUUCUUUCUGGUGGUGACGGAGUUCCUCCUCCUGGGCGUCAUGUCCUUUGACCGAUAUGUUGCCAUCUGUAACCCACUGAGAUACACAGUCAUCAUGAACAGUCACGUCUGCUUCGUGCUGGUCUUUGGGGCCUGGACUGGGGCCUUCUUGUAUAUCCUUGGACCACUCAGUGCUGUCGCCGAGGUACCCUACUGUGGCCCCAAUGUGGUCAAUCACUUCUUCUGUGACCUUACACCACUGGUUAAGUUAUCCUGCAAGGACACCCAUGUCCUGGAGUCAGCCAUUUUCAUCAUGGCGUCAGUGCUUAUCCUGAGCUCCUUGGUGGUGACUGCAGUGUCCUACACGUACAUCAUCACCACGGUGCUCAGGACCCCCAUGGCUCAGGGCAGGCAAAAGGCCUUCUCCACCUGCACCUCUCACAUCACAGUGGUGAGCAUCAUCUACAGCACCCACAUCUUCAUGCAUGUCCGUCCCAUUGAAAGCAGCUCCUUGGAGCUGAACAAGGUGGUGGCCUUGCUGACCUCCGUGGUGACACCAUCCCUCAACCCCUUCAUCUACACCCUCAGGAACAAGCAGGUCAAACAAGCCCUGAAGGAGGCUGUAGCCCAGAACAAGGUUUUCCUGUUCUACAAAAAGUGUAUCCCCUAA